CUCAAAUUUUCAUCUGUGUAUGCUCAAUUGAUUUUUUCAACGUGCUCAUUUCUUUUAACCAUUAUGUACAUUUAUCAUAAACACUUUACUCAUUUUUAAUAUAACACAAAAUUUAUGUUAGUAAUUAACAGGAUAUUAAUACACAAUAUUAAAAAUACAAUUUUAAAAUACAAGUUGAAAAUGGUGAUAGUGGGUUUGAGAACUUUAUGUGCUCUCUCUCCAAGGAUACUCCGUAUUAAUCUGGCCACACAAGCCAUAGCCGAUCUGCGUCUUCUUCGUCGGACUUCUAGAAUCUCAGCGAGCAGCAAUCAACACCCUACAUCAUCCACAUGGACACCUCCAUCGUCUCCACCUAUCGGCUUGAAUCGUCUCCCAAUUUAUUUCGAUUCAAGAGUGGAGAUCGAACGAGUGCAGAGGGCUAUACAAGAAAGAGAAUACAGAGGAAGACGACCGUGGUUUGCCCCUGACUUAGCAAAAUAUUACAAAAAAAACCCGGCUGUACCAUGCACACGGUACAGCAUGUUGUACGGUGGAAUUUGCGCUAAAAGUCGCCCCUAAACUUUUUCCUAAACUUUUAUUUAGGAAGUACGGAGUAGUAUGAUUUUGCUUUGGCAUAUACUCCGUAUAAAAAUGCAUUUUUCUCUUGCGACAACGGUUACAUCAUAAUUCCUUCCAUGUAUGAACUGAGUCACUGAGUCAUCCUCUUGUAGACGAUUUUGUUUCUUGUACCUGCGCUGACCUCCUCGGGCCUCCCUAUUUCAAUGGCAUGACUCGGGACAGACUUUGGGUGUUCAUACACUGGCACUUCACAAUUGGCUUGCUAUAAGAUAGACAAGUGCGGGGUUAUGAUGAUCCCUAUGGUUCUUGAUCGUGGAACAUCCUCAAAACCUGCUAAAAGGAAUGGGAAACUGGAAUUGAUAAAAACCCAACAAAAUCAGAAAGUGUAUGCGAAAAAGUCAAAUGGUUCUGAAAUCAUAACUUCCGCAGGACCUGAUGCAUUUUCCUUUCCCCGUUCCUAGUGGAAGAAUGACGAGAUGCUGCUCUUGGUCCCACCACUUAUCAAAAAUAUCCCUCACUAGACUGUCGUCACCAUCGCUUUUAUCUGUGUGUAUGGAUUGGAGGGGCGGUGUUUUUCCCUCGGUAUUUUUGGUCGGUUGACGGAAUAGAUACCCCAAUGCCAAUGGAAAAGAUUUCCAGCUGAUGUUAUUUUGCAGCUAGCAGUGAAGAUGAUGCAUAAUUGCUCCCCUUCACUAGAGUUGGCAUGAAUGGGAAAUAGCCUUAAUAAACGAUCUGCCGUGAUGACAAAUAGAGCAGAGAGGUUUCCUCCUUUGCAGUGGAAGAAAGAUCACAAUGGCUGGAUCUGGGGCUACGCUAACGUGUUUGACUUGCGCAGUGGCCGGUCAAUUAAAAACCUACUUGCAGACAGAAGGCAAUCUAGAAGAGAAGUUGACAAAGCAAUCCACCUUGAUGAAAAAUCUAAUUCAUGUAUGAAGUUUGAAGCACCAAAUCCGUGUGAAAAGAGUCUUAAUGUCAAGGUUCAGGAUGUUGAUAAAAGUGUGGCAGCGACUCUAGAGUUUAAGACAAGUGUGAAGGAACUGAUUGAAGAAGAUAUGUUAGCUGAUGAGCAAAAUCUUAAGAAACAGAGAAAUGACAUUGAACUUGAUCCUGGAGCAUGUAGUUUUCGCAAGGGAAGGAGCAUUACAAAGUGGAACUCCAAGAGGACAUAUGGAACUUAUGAUAGAUCCAGAAGAAGUAUGUCUCUACCUGAUUUGGAUGAUCUCAACUCCGAUACCAAACUGCCAGAUCAAGUUGAUGUAGUUCUUGAAGCAAAGUUAGGUGCAGCCAUUGAGAUGUGUGUAAGCCACAAAUUGAAGAAUGCUAGAUGCUUGGGAGAAGAUGAGGUAAUUGAUAACUCCAAAGAGUUUAUAGAUGCUUUGAAAACACUAAGCUGCAAUAAGGAAUUAUGCUGGAGACUCUUACGAGAUCCAAAAUCUAGGCUGGUGAAGCACAUUGAGAGCUUAGAGGAUGAAGGUGAGGAAGGGAGGACAACUACCACAAGGCAUAUUAAAUCUAAUGUGAUGCAGAAAGAUGAUACAGUUAAAACAAGAAAGUGUCACUUUUUUCGCAGGAGAAGCAAAAGUCAGGAAAGCUACCACCACCCUUCAAUGGAAUAUGAGAGAUCCCAUCCUUCUACCAAAAUUGUAAUUCUAAAACCUUCUACCGAUGGCUUACACCCGUCUCAUAGCUUGGUCAAUAAGUUAGAGCAGAAUGUGAAAAACUCAUCGCACUUCUCGUUCACAGAGAUUAAAAAAAGGCUGAAGAAAGCCAUGGGAAAAGAACGGCAAGAGAUCCCCAGGGACUUGGCUAUUCGUAAAAAGCACAAUAAUACCAACAAAGUUGGGAUCAGUGGAGAAAAUAAUGGAUGGAGCUCUCCAAACAGAAACCAUUUUUACAUCGAGAGAUUUGCGAACCCUCCCUUUAACUUCACAAGAGGAGAUAAGAAAGGUAAGGAAAAAGACAUUGAAAAUGAAGAAUCUAAAUAUAUUAAGCUGGAUAUAUCAAACACCCCUCUUCAGGGAAAACAGGAAAAAGAGGAAGAGUUAAUUAGUGAGGAGCUUCCUCUUGAGGCUCAGUCUUUGGCUGCAGGGAUCAAUUCAGAACAAGUUAAUGCAAGGGUUGAAGUUCCAUGUGACCUUACUUGUGACAAUUUAUUGGAAAUAGACAUUUCUUCUUAUAAUUAUGAAGUAGCUAAAUCAGAUAGGGAAGAAUCAGCCCCAACUGGAUACCAGGAGGAUGAAAAGGUUUUAGGUGCCACUUGUGAGCGAAGUAGCUUUCCAGUUACCAUAGAUAGUGGACAUGAUGUCUCACAAAUGGUGGACGAAGAAACCGCCUUCAAAAUCUCAGAAGUUGCAUCCAGAUAUUUAUCCGAUUCCUGUGGGGAAGGAGAUAAUUUAUCUUGUUGGUCGGCUCCUCCAGACGUCAAUCCUUCCAGCACUGUGUACCAUCCAGUUGAACUCCCAAUUCAACCUCCGAGUGUUCAUUUCAAGGAACCAGCAGCUUCAUUGGACCAACAACUUGAUAUGUUUACUUUUUCUGAAAAUGAAGAGUCUGCAUUUGAAUAUGUCGAAGCGGUGCUGCUAGGUUCAGGAUUAAAUUGGGAUGAAUAUAUAUUAAGCUGGCUUUCUUCAGAUCAGAUUCUUGAUCCAUCGCUGUUUGAUGAAAUAGAGUUACUGACUGAUCGGUCCUGUCGAAAACUCCUCUUUGAUUGUGUGAACGAUGUUCUUUCUGAGAUAUGUGGCCGCUACAUUGCCCAGUUCACUGGCAUGUCAUUUGUUAAACACAGCCUUCGAUCAGCCCCAAAGGGGAUGGACCUAAUCCAAGAGGUCUGGAAAGGAGUUGAAUGGUGGUAUCAUCUCAACAACACUCCACCACCCACCCAUUAUUUGGAUCCGCUAGUCGAAAAAGAUAUGGCAAGGCCUGCAGCAUGGAUGGACCUGAAAUAUGAUCUCUUAAACAUUGUUUUUAGCAUAGAAGAAUCUGUUCUAGAGGAGUUGGUGGAGGAAACUCUUUUGAUCUUUGCGAAUGAUAUACUUUAGAGAGCUAUGGCAUCCCCCUGGCAGAGAGCAAAGUAGAGGUCAACUAUGACUAUAGAACUAUAGAAACUCGUUAUAAAAAAAAGAAAGUUGGGAAUUGACCAAAGAAGAUAACUAGUUGAUCUUGAGCAUCCUGAAAUAAAUAGCUAUACUUGGUCCCGAGUAUGUGUGCCGUGCAGCCAUGCCAGCAGCUCAAUUUCAGUUUCUUCCCCCAUGUGCUAGGAAUGAGAUGGCGGAUUCAACGACCAAGAUUAGUAGGGUGGAAGAGUUUCAAGUACUCUUCAGCAGAAACUACGGCAGAUGAGUGGUUUGGAAUGACACUUUCUUAGUGGGGAAUCCAACGAAAUCCAUGUUGAAGGCAUAGUCAAGGGUAUAUCCUUCAGCUUCGAAUUGAGGAAUACAACAUCAUAAAAGACAAGCAGAGUCUUAUUUAAGUGGCUGUCAAGGCCAACAUGGUACAUCACACCCAUGGUUUCUGGAAUGACAACAAGAAAAGAUUCAUCAAAAAGGUCAAGCUGCUGAAAAGAAUUUUUAACUGGAAGUGCUAUAAUUGUUUUGAGCUGGUUAUAAAUAUGUGGAGUGACAGGCACCAAACGAUACGAAUGUCCAAGUUAACGUAGUGGAUCACGCUGAUGGAGAUGCUGAUCUUUGCACAAUAGUCUCCAAGAUAAAAGUGGCUAGGUCUGACCUGAAAGAAUGAUGAAUUGGCACUGCCAUAGGCAUUAGGCACAUAUACUUAACCAGUACAUGAUCACCAUUUUUAAUGGAUAGCAUGGUUGGAGCAUCCUAGAAUUGGUCAUGAAGUUAACUUUAGGCAAACAGUUUCUUACAGUGCCAAAAGGGAUAGCAGUAUUCUUUGUUUAGCGAUGCUAUCUCAUUGAACUUGCACAAUAAUGCUUUUUAUAGCUGCAAUUUCUCAAAUUAAAUUAGCUAUCUAAUUCUCUACAUCCAUUAGUUUGUUUUUGUUCUUUCUGAUUUGAGGAAAGCUAAUGAAAGAUCAAAGUUUGUAAGAACUGUUUACUUCACGCGUGGUGAAGUAAACAACUUUGUUUUUGUUUAUUGUAUUUUUGGUGUUGCAAAAAUUAGAAAAUAAAAUGGAAUUAAUUAAUGCA